AUGGUAAAGCUGAAAACCGCGAUAGCGAAACUUACAAUGACUUACACCGAAAUAGACUACACAAAUUUCUUGCCGGCAGACAGUUAUCCAAUUCAAUGCUGGGUUCCUGCACAGUUCACAGACGCAUGGGAGCAGUAUACAGAGAAUUACUGUUGGGUAGAAAAUACUUAUUAUUUGCCAAUUACGCGAAUUCACUUUCCUAUGUAUCCAGAACGACAAGAGUAA